AUGGCAGGCCCCUUCCUGGCGCCGCUGUCGGGCGACCUGCUCACCGAGUACAUGUUCGGCCGGAGACGCCAGAGGAGGAACCGCACCACCUUCACGCCGCAGCAGCUGCAGGAGCUGGAGUCGCUGUUCCAGAAGACGCACUACCCGGACGUGUUUCUGCGCGAGGAGGUGGCACUGCGCAUCAGCCUGUCCGAGGCGCGCGUGCAGGUGUGGUUCCAGAACCGGCGCGCCAAGUGGCGCAAGCAGGCGCGGCUCCAGCUGCUGCAGGACGCGUGGAGGAUGCGCUGCCUGGGGCUGGGUGCGCCGCCCCUCCUGCUGGGCAGGUCGGCGCACUCCCCGCUGGCCCACCAGGAGCCCGAGGCGACGGCGACGAGCCUGAAGCUGGGGCCCGCCUGCGCCGACGACUACCGCCUGCUGCACCACGGGUGGGUCUCCGGGGUCGCCAGUCCGAGCCCACAGAGCCGCGACCCGGCCGGGACUCGAACCCGCGACCUCGACCCACCAGCCAGGUUGCAUCACGUGACAGACAAGGAGCAGCCGCCCCACUGCCUGGCAGGAGGGGGCAAGCCGUGCCCGUGCAUUGGUCAGCCGAGCGAGGGGGCGGAGUCUCGCCGCAGCCCCGACACUAGCGGCAGCCCAGGCAGCCCGGGCGAGCAGGACAGCUGCAACACCGCGCAGGACCUGCGGGCGCACGCGCGGCCGGCGGAUCUGUCCGUGAGGCCUCUCGACGGCGACCCCCCGGCGCGCUAG